AUGCUCAUGCUUUUAGCUUUGUUGCCGGCCGCUCGCGCCCUGCGCGCUCCCGCGAGCGCGCGUGCACACCCCACCCUGCGCCGCGCGUCGUCCGUGGACCUGAGCUUCGAGGCCGCGGCGGCGCCGGCGUCGACGACGGUCUACGCCGGCCUCAAGGACGCCGUCGCGCAGCAGGCGCCGGCGGGCGUGGACGCGGCGCUCUGGGCCGCGCUCGUCGACAGCGUGAAGCCCGGCGACGACGGCGCGGCGGCGUCGACGGCCUACGCGCGCGACGGCGCGCUGCGCCGCGUCGUCGCCGCCGUGCUUCCCGACCACUGCUCGCGCCACAACUCGCCCCUGCGGCCCCACGCGCUCGCGAGCCUCGUCGGCGCGAACGCGGGCACGGAGGACGCGGCCGUCGUCUGCCGCCUCGCGGACGGCGCGGCCGCGGCGCCGGCCGCGGCCGCCGUCGCGCGCGCGUUCCCGCUCUACGACGCCAAGAAGGGCAAGGACGACGGCGCGCCGCGCACGGUCCGCGUCGCCUUCGAGGACGCCGGCGGCGCGCCGGUGGCCGACGAGCGGACGCUGCGGGCCGCGGCCGUCGCCGCGGACGCCGUGCGCCUCGCGCAGCGCAUCGUCGACGCGCCCCCGAACGAGAUGACGACGACGCGCCUCGUCGCCGAGGCGCGCGACGUCGCGGCGCGCCUCCGGGCCGCGGGCGUCGCCGUCGACGAGGAGGUCCUGGCCGGCGCCGCGCUGAGGGACGCGGGCUACGGCGGCAUCUACAACGUCGGCAAGUGCGCGGUGGAGCCGCCGGCGCUCGUCGUGCUGUCGGCGAAGUUCCCGGCGAACGCGGGCGGCCCGUCCGCGGCCCUCGUCGGCAAGGGCGUCGUCUUCGACACGGGCGGCCUCUCCUUGAAAAUCUCCGGCGGCAUGGUCGGCAUGAAGAGCGACUGCGGCGGCGCGGCCGCGGUCCUCGGCGGCUUCGAGGCCGCGUGCGCGCUCGGCGGCGGCGCCUACGAGGAAAUUCAUUGUCUUCUCUGCGUCGCGGAGAACGCGAUCGGCCCUGACGCGAUGCGCUGCGACGACAUCGUCACCUUCUUCAGUGGCCUCACCUGCGAGAUCAACAACACGGACGCCGAGGGCCGCCUCUGCCUCGCCGACGGCGUCGCGCGCGCGUCGACGCCCGGCGGCCUCGGGUCCAGGGACGUCGACGUCCUCAUCGACAUGGCGACGCUCACGGGCGCGCAGAUGGUGUCGACGGGCCAGCGCCACGCGGCCGUCUUCUCCGACGACGAGGCCCUCGAGGCGCGCGCCGUCGCCGCGGGCAAGCGCUCCGGCGACCUCUGCCACCCGCUGCCCUUCGCGCCCGAGAUCUACCGGGCGGAAUUCAAGUCCAAGGUCGCGGACAUGAAGAACUCCGUCAAGGACCGCAUGAACGCCCAGGCCUCCUGCGCGGCGAACUUCAUCUACGAGAACGUCCACGCCGACUUCCAGGGGAGCUGGCUCCACGUGGACCUCGCGGGGCCCUCGACGGCGGCCGAGCGCGGCACGGGCUUCGGCGUCGCCCUCGCGCUCGCGCUCCUCGACGUCGACGGGUUCGAGGCGUAAGGGGGACCGCGGUG